GUGCCUCUCCACUUCCUGGCAAGAUGACCACCACCAUCAGGCAAUAUACCUCUUCCUCCUCCAUGAAGGGGCCCGUGAGUUUCGGUGGGGGCUCCUCUCGGCUUUCCUCCGUGCAUCUCGGAGGGGGGUGCAGAGCCCCGAGCAUCUAUGGUGGAGCUGGCGGCCUCUCCAUCUCUUCUUCCCGCUAUGUCUCUGGGGUGGGCAGCUCCCUUGGUGGGGGCUAUGGGGGCAGCUACUACAGCAGCAGCUUGGGGGAAGGCUUGGGUGGAGGCUUUGGGGGCGGCUUCGUAGUUGGUGGCGGGGAGGGCCUCCUGGCUGGGGGCGAGAAGGAGACCAUGCAGAACCUGAACGACCGCCUGGCCACCUACCUGGACAAGGUGCGUGCCCUGGAAGAGGCCAACACUGAGCUGGAGGUGAAGAUCAGAGAGUGGCACAAGAAGCAGGGACCUGGCCCGGACCGUGACUACAGCCCGUACUUCAGGACCAUCGAAGACCUGCGCAGCAAGAUUCUAGCUGCCACCAUUGGCAAUGCCAGCUUUGUUCUGCAGAUUGACAAUGCUCGUCUGGCUGCGGAUGACUUCAGAACCAAAUUCGAGACGGAACAAGCUCUCCGUAUGAAUGUCGAGGCAGACAUCAAUGGUCUACGUAGAGUCUUAGACGAGCUGACCCUGUCCAGGGCAGAUCUGGAAAUGCAAAUUGAGAAUCUAAAAGAGGACCUUGCUUAUAUGAAGAAGAAUCAUGAGGAGGAAACGACUAUUCUCCGAAGCCAACUGGGUGGAGAAAUCACCGUGGAGAUGGAUGCUGCUCCUGGAGUGGACUUGACCAAGAUCCUAUCGGAGAUGCGCGAGCAGUAUGAGGCCUUGGCGGAGAAGAACCGCAAAGACGCCGAGCACUGGUUCUUCACCAAGACUGAAGAGCUGAACCGUGAAGUUGCCACCAACACCGAGCAGUUGCAGAGCAGCAAGACGGAGAUCACAGAACUGAGACGCACCAUCCAAGGCUUGGAAAUCGAUCUCCAAGCCCAACUCAGCAUGAAAGCAGCAUUGGAGGGCACUCUGGCCGAGACGGAAGCCCGAUACGGCACCCAGCUCACCCAGAUCCAAGUCCUGAUCACCAGCGUGGAGGAGCAGCUGGGGGAACUGCGGUGUGACAUGGAGCGCCAGAACCACGAGUACAGGAUCCUCCUGGAUGUCAAGACUCGCCUGGAGCAGGAGAUCGCCACCUACCGUCGCCUGCUGGAGGGAGAGGAAGCCUACAUCAGUUCCCAGUACAAUGCAGCUGUGUCACAAUCUGGGCGAGAUGUGACCAAGACCUCGCGCCAAGUCCGCAUGAUCGUUGAAGAGGUUGAAGAUGGGAAGGUGGUCUCUUCUCGAGAGCAAAUCAAACAGUCGAGCUACUAGAAGGAAUAGU